AUGAGAGGUUUAAUUUACAAGAUGGUCAUUGUAGGUACCAGUGGAAGAAUGAGAAAUAUCGGUCAAUGGAAGAACGGGACAAUGAAUGGUAAAGGGACGAUGAUAUGGAGCAACGGGAACCGUUACGAUGGGUCUUGGGAAGACUCUGCUCCUAAAGGAAACGGUACGUUUGGUUGGUCAGAUGGGAGUUUUUAUGUUGGAGUUUGGAGUAAAGAUCCUGAAGAACAGAACAUGACUUAUUACCCGACAACAACGUCAGGGAACUUCGAGUGGCAACCACAACAAGUGUUUUGUGUUGAUUUAAGUGAGUGUGUGGUUUGUACUUGUCAGAGAAUCCCGGUUUUGCCUUCUCAGAAGAUGCCGGUUUUGUACGGUUCUUCUGAGCAGAGUAGUAGUGGGAACAUGACUAAGAGUAGUGUCAUCAGUGAGAGGCCGAGGAGGAGAUCCUUUGAUGGGAGAGUUAGUAAUGGUGAGAUGGAGUUAAGGAACAAUGGUUCUGGUUAUCUUCAGGUUGAUGAUACAGAGAGUAAUAGAUCAUCACCGUUAAGGCCUUUGAGAAUAAGACCUGCUAAGAAACAAGGACAGACUAUCUCUAAAGGACAUAAGAACUAUGACCUCAUGCUUAACUUGCAGCUUGGGAUUAGACAUUAUGUUGGAAGACCAGCUCCAGCUACGUCUCUUGAUUUGAAGGCUUCUGCGUUUGAUCCAAAGGAAAAAACUUUGGACUAA